AUGCGCACUGGGCAGCACUGCGACCCUCAGACGGUCGGCAGUUUCUGGAAGUUUCUGAGGAGGGUGGCGGCCGAGGUUUGUGUGUGGGUGCUUAUGGUGGUGUUGGUCACUAAGCAGGAGCUAAUAUUAUUUGUUAUUAUCUACCCCUUGCUUCAGGUUGAAGAUCCAGGUUGCUUUUGGGUCACUGUGAAAGGAUGUUGUCCUUACGUAGUUGAUGAAAUAGAAUAUAAAAAUCUGAAUGCUGACAUGAAUCAGUUCUAUGACAAAGAUGUGGAUGAGGUGAAACCACUCAUGGUAGAAGAAGGCCAGAUUUGUGUGGUUUUCAGUGAGGAACUUAAAUGCUGGUGUAGAGCAGUUAUUAAGUCAAUCAUGUACUGUACAGAUGAUUAUCAAACAGAAUGUUUUCUUGUGGAUUAUGCGAAGUACAUGUUUGUUAAGUCAAAGGACAUUCGAGUUGCACUGGAAACUUUCCUGCAGAUCCCGUAUAGAGCAAAAAAGUGUAGACUGUAUCGCACAAAGCCAGUGACGUUGCGUGUUGACUUUUGUGAAGAUACUGCAAAAAUAGUACGAGCCAAAAGAUGGGAUAGUGCUGCUACUGAGUAUUUUCAAAGCCUUCUCAAAGCAACUACCCAAAUGAAAGCUAAGUUGUGUGCCAUAGAAGAUAACACAUUUGAUGUUCUUCUUUACGUGACAAUAAAAGAUGAAAAGGUAUGUGUUAAUGAUGAUCUUGUCUCCAAGAACUUUGCUCGUUUUGAGGAAGCUGAAGAGAAUACAGAGAGUUCUGCAGAUUAUCAGGAGAACCAGACGUCAUUACUUGUUGAGUCUCUUCCAGUGAAUAUGGUUAAUCCCGAGUUUGGGUUCAGGCCAGAGCUGUGUCAGGAGAAGGUAUCAACUAAUCUUGAAACAGGUCUUGCUGUUUCCAAUUCCUUUCUUGAAGAGACAUACCAAAUAUUAAGCACAGAUUUAAAUGAAAGUACUGUGUCUAUUGCCAAAGCAAUUCCAGGUUUGCCUUUCAAGGAAAGUACAGCAGUUCACCCAGACAG